AAUAAACUUCCUUGGGAAAAACAAAACAAAAAAAAAGAAAAAGAAAUCUUUCCGCUCUGCCCUUACUAGUCCAGGAAAGGAUGGGGGCAGGGAGCCCGAUGCAAAACUCCAAUUUCUACUCGGGCAGGUGGCAGCUGCCUCCCAACUUCGUCUUAAAGCUACAGACAAAAAAAGAGGGAACCAGGCGAGAGACAGCCUAGCAGUCCUUUGCUUUGGUGCCCGAACCCAGACAAGAAUAAGAAGGAAUGCAUUACACAACCGAGACUGCCCACGUGCGCCCGGCCAGAAGUGGCAGCCAGCCGGCUUAUUAUUUACCAAGUUGAAGUAAACCUGGGUCUAGCCGGGGGCGUGGAGACGGGGAAGAGCCCAGUCGCCCUAGGCUUGCUGGGACGGGGGAGGGGACCUGAGCUAUGCGCAGUGUGGGAGAGGCUAAGGCUUGGAAGACCGACCGAGGCGCUGUCUCUUUAAAUGCUAGAGGCAGCACUCUCACUGGGGGGAGGCCGGAGCCGGAUCUACAAUCUCUUCUCUCUCUAGCUUCGGCGCUUGUUGCUCGCUGAGCUCGCUUGGAGCUGCUGCUUCUGCUGUUGCUGUGUGUCUUAUGCACCUUGAGCCGGUUUCCAUUCCCUCAUCCUCCACGGCUGAGAGCGGAGGGCGGAAAGGAGGCAAGAGGAAAGGAGGAAGAGGAGAGAAGAGGGAAAGGGAGGCGGUAGGUAUAGAUACCACCGCUACCCAAGUCCGUAGGUGAUCUACGCCAGCCUCGGGGUGAAGACAUGCUUUGCUCUCCUUUGCCCAUCCCCGCGAUCGGCGCCGGGAAAGAGACUGCUGCUCUGACUCCGGGAAACUUGCCUUAGAAGUCUCGGAUUGUGGCGGGGGCUGCUUCCCUUCGGCCCCUUACCUCUCUCCCCCUCCCCCAAGCCGGCGUGAUGGGCAACCAAGUGGAGAAACUGACCCACCUAAGUUACAAGGAAGUUCCCACAGCGGAUCCCACGGGCUUGGACCGAGACGAUGGUCCCCGAAUUGGAGUUUCUUAUAUAUUUUCCAAUGAUGACGAAGAGAUGGAGCAGCAGCAGGGGCCUGUGCAAGACGCAGGGGAUUUACAGGAUCUUCCCGAGGAGCAGCUGCAGACGUCGCUGCCGGCUCCACAACAGCCUUACGAUCCCCGUCUUUACGAGGUGGAAUGUUCGGUGUACUACCGGGACGAGUGCAUCUAUCAGAAGAGCUUCUCCUCGGGGCCGGCUGCGCUGAGCACUUACAGCCCGGAGAAUCUACUCAACAAGUGCAAGCCAGGGGACUUAGUGGAGUUUGUUUCCCAGGCCCAGUACCCACACUGGGCAGUAUAUGUAGGCGACUUCCAGGUGGUGCAUUUGCACCGACUGGAGGUGAGUAACAGCUUCCUGACAGACGCCAGCCAGGGCCGUCGGGGCAGGGUGGUAAACGAGCUGUACCGCUACAAGCCCCUCAGCCCCAGCACGGUGGUGCGCAACGCGCUGGCGCAGGUGGGCGCCAAGGAGCGGGAGCUGAGCUGGCGCAACUCGGAGAGCUUCGCCGCCUGGUGCCGCUAUGGCAAGCGGGAGUUCAAGAUUGGCGGGGAGCUGCGGAUCGGCAAGCAGCCCUACCGGCUGCAGAUCCAGCUCUCUGCCCAGCGCAGCCACACGCUGGAGUUUCAGAGCCUGGAGGACCUAAUCAUGGAGAAGAGACGAAAUGAUCAGAUUGGGCGCGCCGCUGUGCUGCAGGAACUAGCCACCCACCUGCACCCUGUGGACCCCGAGGAAGGGGAUGGGGAGCUCGUCCGGACUACUGUGGAGCCUGUCGAGCUCCCUCCUUUUCCACCGACUCCUCCUCCCUCACAGCACCACUCGCAGGCGGCACACUGAUGUGGACUGCGGCUAGGAAAUUGAGCUGUUCACAGCUGCCUUGCGACUCUCCUCGUUCUUUCUCCACUUCUGCUCCCCAUUGGGGUUUCCAGCCUUUUUAGAAAGGGGAGCAUGCUCUUAGGAGGCUAGGGUGCAGUGAGCCCUUACUAAAGCUCAGAAACUUAGAAAGUAGCGAGCAGGAGUCUGAGGACUAGCCAGGAAAGUCAGUCCUUUGUGCAUUUUGGAGGGAGGCGAGGGAGGAAGAUGAUAAUCCAGAAAUUUCCCUUCUUCACUUCCUCUCUCCCCUUCCUUCCCCUCUACUUCAGGAAUUAGUUCGUUAAAGGUUUAGGAGGUGGGGUGUACGGUGGUGUUCUGGAGUAGACCCAUUCUUCUUGCACUCACGGAGUAGGAGCAAAAGUUAAGGCUUGUGUCUACUGAGGCAUUCUCUCCCUCACCUUUCUGGCUCUGAGCACGUUCCUGCGGUUACUAGAACAAAGGCUAAGUGAGAGUUUGCUGGAGCUCGGGGGAGGAAGGCACGAAGGGCUGCAGAUUUCUCUCCCCACCCCCACCCCCCACCUCCACUCUCCCCAGAGCGCCGCAUGUGGAUUGGGGGAAGAUGGAGUGAUUAAUUUCGUGGGAUUCCUGGGGAGCCAGGCCGGGGAAACAGUGGGAAGAUCUGAGAGCUGCAGACCCAGACCCAUUUGUGCUAUAAUAAGUGUAACAAAUGAUUCUGUAAACUGCUGGAAAAGAGACAAAGACUAUCCCCGCCCCUCUCCCUUCCUUUUCCCUCCUCCCCCUUUUAAUGAGCAGUUACCACAAGUAGUUGGAUGCUGGGAGCGGGGCUCUUGGAAGAUGUCCCUCUUCCUGUUCUCUCUCUCAGCUCCUCCUUCCCCAGGUUACAAGUAAAUCAUUGUCAGGGGCAUGGCUUGGGGAAGGAUUCAAUUAAGGUUAGGCUUUGUUUCUUCGGGUGCUGCUGUAAGCACUAGAGCUGAGCUAUUAGUUACUAAAAGAAACCUGGAGGCAGAGGGAAUGGCCCUUUGUUGUCACUGAUCUAAUUAAACUUGCUCAGCUCUGUUCCUACGCUGAACAGAGGGGAUGGGAGGGAGACCUGGGUGCUACUUUUCGCAGUAUCACUACCAAAGCAGCAUUGCUAAUUAAUCAGUCAGGAUUGCUUUUUUCCCCCCUUUCUAUCUAGUGAGGUUAGGCUGCACCACUACUCUCUUAUUUUUUCAUGAUUAAUUUUUAUUAAUUGUUGGCUCUGUGAAUGACUUCUGUUCCCGGCUACUUCCCAUGCACUAGGCUAGUGAAAAUCUACUUGACUUGAGCUUUAUUUCAAUAAUAAAAUGCUUUUGUUUUGAAGUCAACACUUAAUAUAAUUAAACCAGUGUUGAAUAUCUUUUCCCUAGCUCACAGUGAUCUCCUCACUGCUUAAGAAAACAAGUUCUUUCAGAACAUCUGUCUCUCUGUCUGUCUGUCUCUCUCUCUCUCUCUUUCUCUUUCUUCCCCCCUCCUUUUCCUCUCUUCCUCUAUCAGUCAUAAAUAGAAGCCACCUUGUGAGUACUUAAAACAGAAAAAUAGAGAAAUACUGUUACUGAUCUCAUAAGGAGCAAAUGGGGUUGUUCAUGGGUUUAGCCCAGCAUCUGUGGGAAACAGACAAUAGACUGAACAGUUAUUUCUGAUAUUUGCUAAUGAGCUACUGCUCAGUUAAUGAUGAAGCUUUUUUCCCCCCAUCUCAAGAACUGCCAUUUGAAAAGCUUGUUCUGUCCCAAAAUGAUUUGUACACUUAAUUUUAGGAUGCAGCCAGCUUGGCUCAGAAGUAUUGGCAUUGCUAAUGCUGCUCUGGAGCAUGUUGCCACAAAGGAUUGGGUUCGGUUUUGUUUUUACUGAAAGGGUCUAUAGUGAAUCUACAGUGCUCAAGCACUCAUAGUGAUCAUCUGACUUACUAUAAAAUUAUUUAAGGGUACAUUAAGCUGCAUUCUCUUGAAUUUGGAGUAAAAUCAGAUUUGAUAGCUUGGGCAGGGAAAAUAUAGUAACCCUUUAGCAUCUAUAUUUAUCUUAGUCACAGCCUGGCUUAUAAUUUGUUUAAUUUUUUUAUCUGCUUAUGUGUACUUGUAAACUAAAUAUUCUGACCUUAAAAUUGCAAUUUUAAAUGUCUAAGCCCCUUAACAGAAGCUUAAGAAAAUUCAGUGUGACCUUAAGGCAAGUCACUUUACCUCUCUGCACCUCAGUUUCCUCUUUAAUAUGUUGAUGUUUGCUAUGAUUUCUGAGGGCCCUGAAGCUCAGAAAUGUAGUGAUUUUUAAGCAUUUUUUCUCUAACUUACCAACAGUUACAUAGUCUCACAAUAUCCACUUUUGUCAAUUUGUAGCUGACCACCCUAGCCCUUUGCCUGUCAAGAUCAAAGGUGUAGCUUCUAGAAAGAAAUGACAAAAAAAAAAUUCAGCAUUGUUACAGUGGGAACUUCAGUCAGAAGGCAGAGUCUAAGUCCUCAGUCAGUUACUUCUCUCUCCCUCCCCCUCCCCUUCCUAUCACAGCUUCCUCUACCCAGAAUCAAUCUUGCAUCCGGUGAGGUGGGACAAGCUAAGCAUGGAUAAACAAAAUUACAAAAAAGCAAGAGACCUAAUUUUAGCCAAUAGUCUCAGUUGCCUCUCUAGGCCUGCUAACAAGCAGCAGAAUUGACAGAUUUGAGUUUCAUCUCCUUCCCUUUCUUCUGUCUACACUCGGGAGGGAAGUGGCUAAUGAACAGUGACCAAUGGGCAAAAAGUGCCCAUAUUUUCUGCCAGCUUCUGCUGAUAGCCUUCUCCCCACCCUUUACUGGAGAGCUCAACAAGGUCUACAGUGACAUGCAGAGUUCACUGUAGAUGUUGGGAAUUAAAAUGAAGAAACAUUGAAAGAAACUCAUUGUGAAAGGAAAACGGAGCUCCGACAGAAACAUAUGUUAUGAGUGCCUUUAUGGAAAAUCAGAGGUUGAUUGGGAGGGAAAUUGAGCUCAUUAGUUACUGCGGUAGAGGAAAAAGACCUAGCAUGGAAGCCUUUCCCAGCCUAACUUUAAUAAACCUUCAUGAAAAAAAAAAUACGUAUUGCAUUAGCUACGGUAUGUAGAGGCAAAUUUCCAAAGGUUUUCUUUUUUUUCCUUAAGAAUCUUCAGUAUGGUUUAGAAGUUGGCAUACCUCCUCUCUUCCUGUUUGGUUCAAGAGAGAAACAAAUGAGCUGACAGAUUAAUUUUCCUCCAGGUGGCAGUGUUGUGGAUACAAAUUUUUAUUUAAGCCUCAUAGCAGUGGUUUCACCUGGCACUUUAAAUUUCUAAAUAAAUAUUUAAGCAUAUUUUUUUGUUCCUUUAUAAGGGAUUAAAAAUCCUUUAGAAAUAUUUUGUACUAUGAAUUGUGGAUGCUCUUUGAAGGAAAAAUGGGUUUGAUUCUAGGGCUUCUUUUUAAGCUUGCAUUGGGAAGAGAGGGAGGGAAGAUGCCCUACUUGGAACAUGAAGUUAAAGUCAAAUUUAUAUUUUCUUACCUGAGGAAAUAUUUUGUUGAGACCACUUAUGUAAGAAUGAGCUUUGCAGGAGCCCUAGACAUCAGCUUUACAGCUCUUUUAUGGUCAAGACAGAACUUUUUUUUCCCCCCUGGUAGUAUCACCCACAUUUAACUGAAAUUACUGUUUGGUACUCAGGUAGCAAAGAUACAACCUGAGGAGUAUACUUUAUUCUGAACCUAAAAGUGCAAGUGUUAUAGUCUUCAAGAAAGACAUUUAUGUGGUCGAAUUUUUGCCCAUUGGGUGCUUUUGGCUAUUUUCAGCACCAGCUCUGGGUGGGUGGGGGGGAACAGAUAUUUUUGAAAGCAGAAUUUUACUUUUAUACAACAAAUGAGAUAUGGAGAACUAAGUACAUGUUAACUGCUUGUUUUCUAACUUUUUUUUUCUUAAAGGAAUUCACUGUGUUUAAGACUGUCACUGUUGUGUGUUUGUCUAACCAGCCACUUUUUACAAAUUGGAGUGUGAUUAUAGUUACUGAUGAAUGGAUUUCGGUUUUGAAAGCCACACCUUUUUUGUUUUAAAUAAAAAAAAUCAGGGUAAUUUCAAACUUGAGUGGUUUAUAUGACUUUCCAUUACAGUGAACAAAUGUUUCACUAAAUCUACUUGAAGUUUUUUAUUUGAUACUGUAAUCCUUCAGAGAAUUUUCAUACACUAAUAGGAUAAGCACCACAUUUUUUCCAUGAAUUACGUGAAUUUUUUGUUUUCACUGGAGGCUAUGUUUUCUGUCAUUGUUCUUAUACUGCUUCUUGAGAAGGAAGUUCAGAUUUCAGAUUGUAUCAUUUCCUUCAAAAUGAAGGGCUGGGCAUAGUCAAAAUAAAGAUUUGAGAUUUUUUUCAACUCUC